AUGCAAAUUUUUGUUAAAACUUUAACUGGUAAAACGAUUACCCUGGAAGUCGAAUCUUCAGACACUAUUGAUAACGUCAAGUCUAAGAUUCAAGAUAAGGAAGGUAUUCCACCUGAUCAACAAAGACUAAUCUUUGCAGGGAAGCAACUUGAGGAUGGUAGAACACUGUCCGAUUACAAUAUUCAAAAGGAAUCUACUUUACAUUUGGUUCUAAGAUUAAGAGGUGGUAUGUGUAAAAAAACAGUUUAA